AACCCCUCCCCUGCCUAUACAUAUUUCUGGAGGGAGCGAAGUGGAGUUACGUUUGUUCGAGUCUGAGGCUGGCUGCGAGGGCAAUGGAGUCGGGGGUGUUCGUCGGAGACAGUGGCCGCCCAGCAGCCCGGGGCUCCAGCUCCAGCAGGGUCCCGUGCAGAAACUUUGCCCGUGGAGGCUGCAGAUGGGGACAGAACUGCCGAUUUUCUCAUGAUAGAAAGAUAUCUCAGAUCUGUAGGUAUUUCCAGAAUGGGUUCUGUGCCUAUGGAGACCGCUGCAGCUACCAGCAUAUCCCGGAAGCACCGGCCUUGUCCAGAUGUGGUUCAGAGUCUACCUUCCAUGGAUUACAGGGAGGUGAGAUUUCACUGAACCGCCGGGGCUCAGAGCCAGUCAUCUUGCCAGAGGCUUCUGCAAGGAGCUGGGAGGGAGCCCGGCGUGGCUCUGAACCAGCUGUCUCGAGUGUGGCUCAGCUGCAGCGGAACUUUGGAAGCCUGAGCAUGUCACUUGAUGAGGAAGAUGAAGAUAAGGAAAAAGUGAUCACUGCCUGGCAUCCACCUAACUGGGCUCUCAGCAAAGAAUUUAUCCCCAAGCAGACUCCUUCUGGCCCUCAGCCUCAUGAACAUAAAGUGGACACUGCACCCUUAGAGACAGAAGAUACAUCUACUAAGGACUCUCCUCCUGCUUCUGUUGUCAUACAAGAGUCAAAGGCAGCUGGUGGCUCAGGAGCUGCAGCAGCCGCAGCAGAGAAAAGUGAGGAUGUUGUAUGUGGCAUCUGCAUGGACAAAGUCUAUGAAAAGACGUUACCUGAGGAGCGUUUAUUUGGUAUCCUUCCUAACUGCAGCCAUGCCUAUUGUGUGGGCUGCAUCCGAAAGUGGCGAAAAAGUCGGGAUUUUCAAAAUGCAGUGAUAAAGGGCUGUCCGGAAUGCAGAGUCACUUCAAGUUACUUUAUACCUAAUAAAUAUUGGGUCUCUGAUACAGAUGAGAAAGAAAAACUGAUAGAAACUUUCAAGGCACGGACUGGCAAAAUAAGGUGCAAAUUCUUUAUCAGAGGUAAUGGUCACUGCCCCUUUAAGUCAGAGUGCAUUUAUCUUCAUGAGCUUCCUGGAGGUCAAGUCCCUGUCCCACGGCCACGACAAAGACCAGACCGGCGGAGGCGGCAACCCAUUAUCUACAACCCAUCUCCAUCUGACAGCUCUGAUGAGGAUGAUAACGACAUGUGCCUUGUCCACUGGGCUCUUACUGUUGCGCUGUUAGAGAGAGACUCAGACUUUUUAGAUUUCCUAUUUUGGGAUUCCAGCGAUUCUGACUAGUUGAUGAUGACCAUAUCAUUGGAGGCUGCAUAACUGAUUCUGGGUACAUUUUCCAUGACCUAAGACAGGGAGGAAGGGCAUAGAGAUGAAAGAUGUUUUGGCUUUUAAUAGACUUAAUUUAUGGUGGGUUUUGUAGUAUUUGUCUGGAAAUCAGAAGUUGAGAGCAUGUAGUGCAAGACCCAUUUCAUGCUGGGGAGGCCUCCUGAUUCACAGGGAAAAAUAUCACCACUGUUGGCUCAUGACCUACACAUCACUGCCAUUUUUCUAUCCCUUGUCAUGAUCUUCACAUCUUUCUGUCUCUACACAGUUCACAUCCUGGAAUCCCAUCAUGGGAUCCAUCAAGAGGUUGCCAGUGUUUUUUAGAAAAGUUGCCAGGUGCUCAGACUUGAUGUUCUCUUCAGAGGCAGAGUGUUUAGCUUUGUUCAUGGUGCUGCUAUUUGUUUCCUCAGGAAGGCAAAUUUGCUGAGCAGUGCUAUUAUCUACAGCAAGCAAAAUAUCUUGCUGUUGUAAAAGCAGUGCUUUCUGGUGUCUGUAGUUGGCUUAAACCAGAGUGUAGUAUGGGGUACUUUAAAUGUAAUAUCUGAAAUUUUUAUUGCUGCAGUGAUUAGUAUUGGAAGCUUCUAAUGUUCCUUAAUCCUCAGUCCUUAGGACCUGGGAUCUGCAAGCCCCUAUAUGUAUUUUUAACUCUAGAAGUAUCUGGAGAACAUGAAAUAAAAUGAGCUUUAAAAAUA